AUGCAGACUGCUUCUACAAACAUUUGGGAAAGAAUGUGCAAUAAGCCCAUCCGUGAAAUUUCCUUGCUACUAAAUAUUCCACAGUCAAUUGUUAGUGCCAUUAUAACAAAGUGGAAGCAACUGGGAAUAGCAGCAACUCAGCCACAAAGUGGUAGGUCACUUAAAAAGAGAGUGGGGUCAGUGCAUGCUGAAUCGCACAGUGCGUAGAAGUCACCAACUGUCUGCAGAGUCAAUAACUAAAGACCUCCAAACUUCAUCUGGCCUUCAGAUUAGCACAACAGUGCGUAGAGAGCUUGAUGGAAUAGGUUUUCAUGGCCGAGAAGCUGCAUCCAAG